AUGAGUGUCGCCCGAUCCUCUGAAUGUCUGUUUUGUCUCUUUUCCCGCUCUUUUCGGCCGUCCUCAAUCGCUCGUCGCCAAUUCCAUUCCUCUCCCAUUCAGCAGAAACGAAAACCACGAUUUGCCAGUGUCAAAGCGACAGCCAACCAACUUGACAUCAAUCGGAUAGCUAAAGAGUUUCCCUCCGAAAAUGGCGCCAUUCCCCAACAGUAUUCCCCCGAACAACGAGCCGCAAUCGAGGCUGCCCAAAAGCUCAUUGAUCCCGAGAAAUUGGAAAAGCAAACUGGCAUGCGAACAGACCCUUGGAGGAUGAAAUACUUUGACGACAUGACCAAAUUGGACCCCGUGGUCGAUAAAUCAGUGAAACAACCAUGGACCAACAUCGAUGACCAUUCUCGGUUGAAAACGGAAGAUGAACUGGAAGAGGAUUUGGUCCGGUUCAUGAAAUCAUUACCCGACACCGACGACGAUGGCGCAUUGACACAAGAGAUGUGGGAUAAUUUUGACAAGAAUCAACGGUUGACAGUUGGCCGGGAAGAGGCAGAGCUCCGACCCCGUACCGCACUAGCUCCAGACUUGCCCAAGAUACCUACAGUUGCCCAACAAAAGAUCAAAAAACGUCGCACCAGCAAGAAUGGUGAACCACUUGACGAACAAGCACCGUCGCCCGCGCUCGUCCAGCUCAUGCAAAUGACCGGAUAUAAUCAAAAACAAAUCUCUGCGCUCCGUGUCAAAACUAUUCUAAUGCACAGAGUAGUGAAUCAGACGAGACUGGGAAAGAUUCAAAAAAUAUAUUGUCUGAGCGUUGCUGGAAAUGGCAAUGGACUGAUCGGGAUUGGAGAAGGAAAAGCAGCCGAAGGAGGAGACAGUAUACUUCAAAGUCAGUAUCGAGCCAUUCGAAACAUGACGCCGAUCUUGCGAUAUGAAGAUCGAACCAUCUUUGGCGAUGUCAAUGGCAAAGUCAGCGCGACAGAAUUGGAACUUUAUGCGCGACCUCCUGGGUUUGGCCUCCGCUGUCAGCAGUAUAUCUGGGAAAUAUGCAAGUGUGCAGGCAUUCAUGACCUCGCCGCCAAAGUGACUCGGUCAAGAAAUCCCAUGAACACUGUCAAAGCCGCUGUGCAGGCUUUAUUAAGCCAGAAACAUCCAGAAGAUAUUGCUAGAGCCCGUGGGAAGAAGUUGGUCGAUGUCAGAAAAGUGUACUAUGCUGGGAUGACUUAA